UGUCCCGCAGUCAGCCGGUUGGAAUAACACCUCGCUUCACUCUCGCUGGGGAAGUCCACGCAACACUACGUCUGAGACUACAGCACUCACCCACUCCCUGCUCAGUGAGGACAGCACGGCUGGGAAGCCUCAGAAGGUGGGCUGGUCUGGGUGUCUCUCCUCAGCAGUCAUGGGGAGGUCAGGAGUGUUCUGGGUUUGGCCGUUUGGGACGAGCAUGCAGUUGUUACUUCCCCUCGUCCUCUGUGUCACCUGCAUCCAUGGUCUUUUUCCACCACAGCCACGGGUCUUCCUGUCAUUUCAAGAAUUGCAGAAAACCCAGUCCUUCGAGUUUUUCACUUUGUCUGAGAAGGCCAUGGACUAUAGGAUCCUUUUCAUGGAUGAGGAUCAAGACCGUAUGUACGUGGGCUGCAAAGACCAUGUAAUCUCGAUGGACAUCAACAACAUCAGCCAGACCAUGCUGAAGAUCUUCUGGCCGGCAUCCACUACUAAGGUCGAGGAGUGUCAGAUGGCUGGCAAAGACCCCACACAUGGAUGUGGAAACUUCUUACGAGUGAUCCAGCCUUAUAACAGGACGCAUCUGUUCAUCUGCGGCAGUGGAGCCUACAGCCCAGUGUGUGCAUUUGUUAACCGUGGCAGGCGUCCUGAGGAGCAAGUGUUCCAAAUCUCUUCCAGAGCAGAAUCAGGGAAAGGAAGAUGCUCGUUUAACCCACAAGUCAACACCGUCUCGGUCAUGCUCAAGCCAGUGUUCAUCGAUGCACACUUGAUUCCUGAUGGCUCAGACCCAAACGACGCCAAACUUUACUUCUUCCUGCGUGAGAGACUGACAGACAGUAGUGGAAACACUAAGAACAUCCACGCUAUGGUGGCUCGAGUGUGCCCUAAUGACACUGGUGGUCAGCGCAGUCUGGUGAACAAGUGGACCACGUUUCUGAAGGCUCGGCUGAUAUGUUCGGUUCUAGAGGAGGACGGUACAGAGACCCUCUUUGAUGAGCUCGAGAAUGUGUUUUUAUUGGAGACGGACCACCCAAAGGGUCUCCUCAUCUUUGGAGUUUUCACCUCUACAAGUUCUGUGUUCAGAGGUUCUGCUGUCUGUGUGUACAACAUGGCUGACAUCCUGACGGUCUUCAACGGACCGUUUGCGCACAGGGAAGGGCCCAGCUUCCAGUGGUUGGCUUUCCAGGGCCGGAUCCCAUACCCACGACCGGGAACCUGUCCUGGUGGCGCGUUCACCCCUCAUAUCCAGAGUACUAAAGAGUUUCCAGAUGAUGUGGUGACGUUCAUGAGGAAUCACCCCGUCAUGUUUAACCCCAUUUACCCGGUCGGCAGGAAACCUCUGGUGGUGCGGACACAUGCCGAUUACAAAUACACCUCUAUAGCUGUGGACCAGGUCACCGCUACAGACGGACACUACCAGGUUCUAUUCCUGGGCACAGAUAAAGGCACAGUACAGAAGGUCGUGGUUCUGCCGUCAAACGGCUCUCUGGAUGAGGAUCUAAUCCUGGUGGAGCUGGAAGUGUUUAAGAAGCAAUCUCCAAUCACCAACCUAAGAAUCUCAUCUAAAAAGCAACAGCUGUAUGUUAGCUCUGAGUAUGGAGUGUCCCAGGUGUCUUUGCACCGUUGCAAUGCAUACGGCUCUGCCUGUGCGGACUGCUGUUUAGCGCGGGACCCGUACUGCGCCUGGGAUGGGCUCAGCUGUUCUCGAUUCUACCCUACUGGCAAGAGGAGAAGCAGAAGGCAGGAUAUUAUGCAUGGGAAUCCACUGACUCAGUGCAGAGGGUUCAAUCUGAAAGCCUACAGGAAUGCAGUGGAGAUGACUCAGUAUGGAGUCAAAAACAACACCACCUUCCUGGAGUGUCAGCCCAAAUCUCCACAGGCCUCAGUCAAAUGGCUCAUUCAGAGAGACAACGAUCGCAGGAAAGAGGUGAAGCUGAGUGAUCGUGUGGUGUCCACCAAUCACGGCUUGCUCAUCCGUUCAGUGCAUUCUUCGGAUCAAGGCGUGUACUACUGCCUGGCCACAGAGAAUGGCUUCAAGCGCACACUUGCUAAAAUCCGUCUCCAGAUUCUGAGCGAAGCUUUGGUCAGCGCUCUGAGCAAUAAACAUUCUCCCUGGGGCUGGGCAGCCUCACUGCACCCUAAAGCCCUGGUGUCGGCCUUCAGCCCGGCUGAGACGUUGGCCAUGCACCAAUACUGCAAGGAACGCAAACAGAUGCAGAGUCUGCAGAGCAUACAGAGCCCCAUGAGAGGCGAUCUGGGUAAACUCAAACCCUUGCUGGACCACAGGAAGAGCAGGAACCGCCGGAACCACUUACUACAGGAAUAGAGGUGAAACGUAAAGGAAGGAGAUUGAAGAAGAGAUGAUGAGAAGGAAGGAGAUGGAUAGAGAGAUGAUGAAAAGGAAUAAAGACAUGCAUCAGGAGAAUAAAGGAGGAGAACGUUGGAGAAGAUUACUCUGUUAUGAACCUCCCAUUUGUUGUUUUUCUUCAAGCUCAAAGCAUCUCACGUGCUUCCUGUACAGCAGUCUUAUAUACAUGAACGCCCAGAGCAGAGGACUCGGAGACAUCCUCACACACAGUCACUCAAGCCAAUUUGUGUUUCAAGCUGCAUAAUACAAGAUGCCAUGUCAUACAGUAGUAUUGUUGCCAUUUUAUGUGUAUUUGACAUUUCAGUUCAAACCAUAAAGUAAUACAAAGUCCUUCAAGACCAAAUGAAAUGGCUUGAUGAGGAACGGCUUGAUUUUUUUUCCUGUGUUGAUUUAUUUCCUAUAUGAAACAGGCAGUUAGGGCGGGACAUAUGGAGGGGCUCGUCCCUUUUUUUACAUUACAGACAUGAACAUUUAUUUCUACUUGCUAAUGCUAGAGAAGUAUUACCAAAUGGGACAGUCUCAUUCUAGAGUGCAUUUCAUUAGACAAGAAUUUGGAUACACUCCUUAAUGCAAGUUGAGUCAUCAAUAUUUUGGUUUGUUUACUGGAAGAUAAAGACUGUAUAUUGCAAAUGUACAUAUCUGCUAAAGAUUUCUCAAAUUUUAAGACUACAUAAGCAUUAGCCUUAGCUUCAAAGCUAACAGACAUGGACAAAAACCACACAGAAAUUCAGUUUCUAGUACAUAUCUUAUUAGAUAUGGAUCAUGAUGAGAGUAUUUUGUUAACUUAUAGAUGUAAUCUUAAAUUAGAUUUAGUUUCUAAUUUAAAAGAAAUUGACCAAAAGACACACAAUUUCAGUAUUGAUUUCUUCUACAUUUUCUUUAAGAUCCCUGCAGAACGUUGUGAUUAUAAAUAACUAUAUUCUAGCAAUCCAAGUUUGAUUUACAUGACAUGUUUAGGCCAAGAAAUUUUGGGAAAUUUCCAUUAAUAGAACACAUUUGUCAGUUCUUCUACCUACAACUCUUCAAUAAACACAUUACAUAUCAAUAGUAGUCUUCUAAAGUCAACCAAUGGCCUUCCUACAUUGAGAUGAUCAUUUGUGGAUUAGAGCUUAUCUUCAGCUUGUAAAAGAUUGUUUUCUAGCAAAUGAAAUGUUUAUGGUCAUUGAACAGAUCAUGAGAAUAUUUCUUGGAGAUACACGACACCUAGACCAAAGUACAUCAGCCCAGCUGCACCACAGAUGUUCAUAUGGGAAGUGAGAGGGAGAGAAGAUGGUUUGGACUGGAGACGUUUCAAACUGUACCAGACAGGUGGCUCUCUGAGCCCAUAACACUGUAAAGACUUGUGUUUUUGCCAAGUGUUGUGCUUUGGGAAACAUCAUUAAUCCAAAACACAUAAUUUCUUUCUUUAAAGAAAUGACAGUUGUCAUCAUUUACUCACCCUCAUGACCUUCCAAACAAGGGAGACCUUGAAUAUAGUGCACAAGUCGUAUGGACCACUUUUAUGGAACUUUUUUGUCCUUUAAGAAGAGAUAUAUUCAAUAUAUGGAAAAGAGCAGCAUGAACAUUCUUCAAAAUAUCUCCUUUUGUGUUUCUGAAAGAAAGAAUGACAUUAGGGUAAAUUGGGGCAGAAUUGUCAUGGGUGAACUAUUGGUUUAAAAUGUUGAUUGUAUGUGCACGUUUUCUUCUUUUACUAACACGGUAUCCACAUUAUUUUGCAACACAGAAGUAAGCUAUUUUCUGUGAAUGUGCGAGACUUCUGUUUCAUUAGCCGCAAUAGGUAAAAAACUAUAAGAAUAACAACGUGCAGUAAACAGUAAACCUAUUUGUGCUACAAACUAUGCUAUGAUAAUAUGAUAAGAAACACCAGUUUUAUAUAUAAAGCAGCAAAAUGGACAACUGAAAGCGAAUGACAAUGGAAGCCUCACACAUUCAAGUUACAAAUGGCUGCACCCGCUCUUACGUUAAAUAUAAGGUGAAUACUGAACCAGAAUGAAUCAGUUUAAAGUAGAUAUUUUGUAAAGAAGAUUUGCUUAAGCUCCAGAAAUACCAUAGUGUUUAAAUCACGUAAGGAUAGGCCAAAAAAUAAAUGUGAUCAUGCAUAUUGGUUCAUGGUUAUACAGGCACACACUGAUGUUGGAAAUGAAUGUCAUGUUAAUGUU